AUGAGCGCGGACGAGAAUAUGGUUCCGCAACAGAACGAUGAGAAGCACCCGGCCACCGACUCGGACGACGGCGUCGGGGCCACGGCCCGGGGGAGCACUGACAACGGCGCCGCGAAGCACAAGAGCGGCAGCAUCGGUGGCACUGACGCCGUGGUGCAGUCGCGGGGCGUGACGCGCAUGGAGGCCGUCUACCGCGAGGCGCAGAGCCACCGCAAGACGCUCCUCCUGGUCGGCGCGUCGGUGCUGGUCUGCGCGUGGGCCUACUCGCUCGACCAGUCGACCACGUCGUACUACAGCAUCGACGCCUCGUCGCACUACAAGCAGCACAGCGCGGUGCUGUCGACGCUGUCCAUCGCGACGAGCGUCAUCGGCGCCGUGUGCAAGCCCUUUGUCGCAAAGGUCUCCGACAUCACCUCCCGGCCGUACACGUACCUCGUCGCCCUGGCCUUCUACACGCUCGGCUACGUCGUCGCCGCCACGUCCCGCACCGUCGCCGCGUACGUCGCCGGCGAGGUGUUUGCAGCCGUAGGCAGCAACGGCCUGGACCUCGUCAACGACAUCAUCGUGGCGGACCUGACGCCGCUGGAGUGGCGCGGCUUCGUGGGCUCGCUGCUGAGCACGCCCUUUGUCAUCAACACCUGGUUCGCGGGCAAGAUUGUCGACGCCAUGACGGCGCGAGACCAGUGGCGAUGGGGCUACGGCAUGUUCGCCAUCAUCAUGCCCGCCGCGCUGGGCCCCGCCAUCGUCACCCUCAUCUACCUCGACCGCAAGGCCAAGAAGCACGGCGUCGUCAACAUGGCCUCCUCCAACGCCGCCCGGCGCGCCGCAAAGGAGCUCGCUGACGAGACCGGCCGCGACGCGCCGCACGGCAUGGCCGUCGCCCCCGCGGCCGAGCCCGACGAACGCUGGGCCCAGGCCGCCGUGCGCGUCCUACACGAGAUAGACGCCUUCGGCCUGCUCCUCCUCGGCUUCGGCUGGAGCUUGUUGCUGCUGUCCUUUUCGCUCAAGACGUACGCGGUGGGGGGCUGGCGCAAUCCCUCGCUCGUGGCCAUGAUGGUCGUGGGUGGCCUGCUGCUCAUCGCCUACGUCGUGUACGAGGUGAAGUGGGCCAGGAUGCCGAGUGCCCCGAGGAGAUUGAUCUUCAACAAGACGUUCCUCAUGGCCGUCAUCAUUGACGGUUUCUACAUGCUGGCUGGCCAGAUUCGUGGCCUCUACUGGAGCUCCUACGUGCUCAUCGCAAAGCCCUGGAGCUACCAGGACUGGGUCUACUACGGCAACACGCUGACUCUGGCGCUCUGCGUCUUUGGCGUCGUGGCCGGCUUGAUCCAGCGAUGGACGCACCGGUACAAGGCGCUCCAGCUGCUUGGCCUCGCCCUCAAGAUUGUCGGCAUGGGCAUCAUGCUCGACGGCCGGCGUGCCACCGUCGACACGGCACCCAUGGUCAUCUCCAUGAUCCUGGUCGGCUGCGGCGGUGCCUUCUCCGUCGUCGGCUCCCGCGUCGCCUCGCAGGCCUCGGUCCCGCACCAAGACGUCGCCCUGGCCAUCGCCAUGCUCUCACUGUGGUCCAAGAUCGGCUCCGCCAUCGUCGCCGUCGUCUGGUCCUACCAGAUGCCCCGGCAGCUGCGCGCGCACCUGCCCGCCACGGCCACGGAAAAGGACGUCACCAAGAUCUUUGGCAACGUCAAGGCCAUUCGCACCCUAUACCCCUUUGACAGCCCGAUGCGUCAGGGCUGCAUCGAGGCGUACCGCCGCACGCUCUACUACUGUUUGGCCCCUGCGCUGGGCCUGGCCUUCAUCCCGCUGGUUGCGGCGUGCUUCCAGACAAACUUUUACCUGGGCAAGCAGCAGAACGCGGUGACCAACGUCGGCAACGACGGGCUGCCGUUGAGGGACGAGGACGUGCCAGAGGAGUGUCCUCCACCGAAGAGCACGAAGGAGGCUUUCCUCAGGUUCUGGGCCGGGAAAUGA